AUGGGUUUUGCGAAAGCCAAAAAACUUCAAAAAGCUAACCAAUGCAAAUCAUUGAAAGAUUUGAAGAGGAAAGUAUUUUAUAUAAUUACUGAAGUAGCGAGAUUUCCAACAUCAAAGUAUGGUCCAGCGCUAACAGUUGGGAUCGACAAUAAAAUCUAUGCAUAUCUACCAGAAAGAUUUGCUACACAUUUCAAUCAAGAUGAUAAAGAAUUUGAAGAGUUAGGAAUUGCUGUCAAGAAAGGAACACUAACCAUCGUUCUCGAUGGUGAAAAUAAUCAAGACGUAAUAUUAGAUGAAAGUACAUAUAAUCUACAUGAUUUCAAUGAUGAUGCGAAAAUGUUACUCACAAAUCAAUUACUAGAAUUGGAUAAAUUAAGUAGAAUUAAUAACAUGCCAGCACAAUCCGAGGAUGCAAAACGUCGUAAAGAAGAAAACAAAAAUAAGCGCAAAAAAAUACGGUUAUUAGAAGAUGUCAAUUCUGAAAAAUCAUGGGAAGAAAUAUUUAAAGAGUUUCAAUUAAAGAUUGAAGAUGGAAUGUGCUUUCGUUGUCAAUGUUGUGAUCGAAUGUGGUAUUCAAAUGGUGUAAAAAAAAUUAGUGAAAUACAUGAAUUAGUUCAACAAUGCUUUGAAAACAUUCAAAAUGAAUACACAAUAUGUUACACUUGUAAUAAGAGUUUACUGCGAGGUAAAAUUCCUGAAUUAGCGAGAGUCAAUGGUUUUUAUUAUCCAAUUAAACCUGAUUUACCACUUUUAAAUAGAGUAGAGGGACGAUUAAUUUCUACACGAUUACCAUUCUUACAAAUUCGUAAACUAGGAGCAGAUGGCCAAUUCGGACUGAAAGGAAAUAUCAUCAAUGUACCCAUUGAUGUCGAUCAAACAGUUUAUAGUUUACCGAGAAAUAUGGAUAAUGAUUGCACAAUCAAUAUACAUUUGAAAAAAAGGCUAGCGUUUAAGUCAUCGUAUUUAAGCGAUUACGUGAAUACUGGUAAAUUAAAAGCCUGGCUAACGUUUCUACAAACUCAAAAUUUAUUUAUUCAUCAUAAAAUUGAAAUAUCACGCGAAUGGAAAAUUGAAAAUGACAUAAAUGUCGAUGUGAAUGAUAAUGAUUUUGAGGAAACAACUGAUAUACCGAUAGAUAAAUCCUCAACUGUUAUAUUUAAUCCUGAUUGUUCAUAUGCAAUCGCUCCUGGAGAAAAUCGUACGCCAAAAAGUUCAAUAUUUGAUGACGAUGCUGAAGAAUUAAGCUUUCCUCAAAUAUAUUACGGACAAAAACGUGUAUUUAGUACUAAAAAACAACCAAGUACAUAUAAAAUAGCGAAUUCUGAAAUUCGUAGAUUUGAUGGACGCGGUGUAUCAAACGAUCACCUGUUAUAUGUUUGGGCAAAAGUCCAACGUGAAAAAAUGUUGCAAUCAAUUAAUAUCAUGUUUCAUUUGAAAAAAUCAACAAAUUUAUCAGCUCAGGAUGCAUUGAAUCCUAAAACUAUUGAAGACUAUAUCAAUAAAGAUUUAGCUUAUUUAAAACACUUACCUCACGGACCAGUUUAUUGGCAAAAUCAAAAAAGAAAAGUAAAUGCAAUGAUUAGACAAUUUGGAAAACCAACAAUAUUUUUAACUAUGUCUGCUGCCGAAGAAAUACAUUGGAAUGAAUUGAUAAAAAUACUACAUAAAGCUACAUAUGGAAAAGAAUUAACUAAUGAUGAAUUUAUGAACAUGACAUACAUGCAAAAAACAAAAUUGGUACAGAAUGAUCCUGUAAUUUGUGCCAGUUAUUUUGAACAUAAAAUACAAUGUAUUUUCAAAACUUCUGAUUAUGAUGAAGGACCGUUCAGUAAAUAUAAAAUUGAUCAUUAUUAUUAUAGAAUCGAAUUCCAACACCGAGGAUCACCACACGUACAUAUGUUGAUAUGGUUGAAAGAUGCACCCUCUUAUUCAUCGCAGAAUAAAAACAAAGUAACAGCAUUCAUUGACGAAUUGAUAUCAUGCUCUGAGAAUCAUAAUCAAGUAAACAACCAAAAACACCAUCAUACUUUCACUUGUCGAAGAACAAAUAAAUACGGAAAUGAAAUUUGUCGCUUUGGUAUACCAUUUUUUCCGAUGCCUGAAACAAAAAUACUUAAUCCAUAUCCAACAAGUACAAAUAAAAAAUCGUUUGAAAAUGAUGUACACAAAAUUACAAGUUACUUAGAAUGUUUAUGUAAAAAUCACGAAAAAAUAACUUUCGAAGAAAUGUUAAUGAACACGAAAAUGAAUUAUCCUCGAUAUGAAAGAGCAGUUCGUAGUACUUUAAAACAAACGAAAGUGUUUUUAAAACGUACUCCAAACGAAAUUUUAAUCAAUAAUUACAACGAGAAAAUAUUAAAUAUGCUAACAGCAAAUAUGGACAUUCAGUUUAUUUCAGAUGAUUAUGCAUGUGCAGCAUACUGUGUUGAUUAUAUGAAUAAAAGUAAUCGUGGUAUGUCGCAAUUACUUCGAUCAAUAUGUGAAGAAGUAAAUAAGAAUGUGGAAUAUUUUCCUAAAGAUGUCAUGAAAAAAAUAAGUGGAGCAUUUUUAAAAGGUACAGAAGUAAGUACUCAAGAAGCUGCUUGGUCUCUUUUGGGACUAUCAAUGAGUGUAACUACUGAAAGUGAAAUAUUUAUUCCAACAUUCCCAAAUCAUGAAAGAACUAGAUUGUUGAAACAUAAAGAAGAAUUGUUAAAAUUGGAUGAAAAAAACACCAACGUAUUUGAAAAAAAUAUAAUUGAAAAAUAUGCGAAUAGAGAUAUGGAAAAAUGGAAAUCAUCGUCGUUGAUAGAGUACGCUGCAUAUAUGAGUGGAGAAAAAAAAAAACGAAACAAACCACGUAUCAUAAGAUUUGUAAAAUAUAAACUUGCUAACGAUCCUAUCAACUUCUACAGAGAACAGGUUUUAUUAUAUUUUCCAUGGUAUGGAACGGAACCCAAAACGGAUGAAUUCAACAAUUUUGAAGAAAAAUAUGAAGAAAUAGUAAAAGAACAUAAAAUCAUACAAGAAAAUGAAGAGAAAGAAUUCGUUAACAACAAUAAUAACAUUGUAAAUUGUAAUCAAGAACAAGAAGAUGAUGAAUUCACACUACAAGGUCAUGAAAUAAAAGAUGAAGAAUUUGAAAUGAUGAACGAUAUUCGUUGUAAAAUUUUAUUAAAUGACAACGAAUAUUUAGAAACUUUGAGAACAGCAAAUCGUGAACAAACGGUUCUAUUGCAAAAAGUUAUGUGGCAAUUAAAUCAUUCUGAGGAUAAUGAACCGUUGACCGUAUUCAUCACAGGAGCAGCUGGCUGUGGAAAAUCAUUUCUGAUUAAAUGUAUAACGCAGAUUAUUUUAAAACAUUACUCUCAUUAUGAUGAUUGUGAAGCAGAUAAAAAAAUUUUAUUGACAAGUUUUACAGGAAAAGCUGCUCAUAAUAUCGGUGGCAUAACACUUCAUAAUGCAUUUGGAUUACUGUUAAACAUUCCAAAAGAGUAUGUAGAAUUAACAGGAUUAACAUUAAAUAAAAAACAUCAGUUAUUUCGAUGUUUAGAAUGGCUAAUCAUUGACGAAAUAUCUCUGGUUGGAUAUUACACGCUUAAGUGGAUUAAUUUGACUACAACAAAUAAAAAAUAA